AUGGGACUGAUGGCAAUUGGGUUCCAUGAAUCUGGAGAACAUCCAGAGGAUAUUGAAGAGGUUAACAUCGUCCUUGUUGGAUCGUCCUUGGACUCGGCUUAUUAUCCUAAAGGGGCCCUUUCUGCUCUUGUGUUUAGUUCACAAAAAUACUGCCGUGAAUUCUGGAAGAAAAUCACUUCUCGUGGUUUGUUUUCCGGCCAUAGAGGACCACCCCUAUCAUUAGGUAGCCAACAGGAGCUGAAGAGACGCAAGUGUUGUUUAAAUUCCAUUUUUUAUAUAUAUCUUUCAGCUUUGAAGAGAUCCUUUGAAGUUGAAGAAGUAGAUCAGCCUUCAAAUUCUUCUACUCCACAAAGGCGGACACCCAAUCCUCUUGUAAGGUCCACAGUGUCCAGUUCCACACAGAAAUUCCAAGAUCUUGGGGCCAGAAAUUCAGAGACUCCUUCCAGACAUGGGGAGUCUCCAGCACAAAGAUCUCCCAAGUCUUCUUUAAGGAGAGUUGAGAUUUCUGGGCCAAAACAUCCUGAACCAGUGUCCAGAAGAACAGAAAUCUCCAUUGACAUAUCAUCCAAGCAAGUGGAAAAUUCCACCUCAGGAGCAUCAAGAUUUGGCCUCAAGAGAACAGAUGUGUUGGGACACAAGCCUCUUGAGACUCCUCCCAGAAGGACUGAGAUCAGUAUAAGUAAGCCCCAGGACCAAGCUCUUCGCAGAAUGGAAGUCCCCUCAAAGAUCCCUGAACCAACCCAGCGCAGAGUUGAAGCCACUAGUCCGCCUUUGCCUGAUGUUGCUACCAAACGUGUGGAAAUCCAAGUAACAAAAUCUUCUGAGGUCCCCGUGCCACCAAUCAGGCAGACUGAAAAUGUGGAGCAUUUUUCAACCAAUCAACAUCUGCCACCAGAACCAAAGAUACAGCCAGUGGUGACUGAACUGCCACACAAAGGCCAAGAAGGUAAGCAAAUAAACAGUUUUUCCUUUUCUUUGUCCGUCUCUUCCUUUCAGAGAUUUUUUGCCAGCCACCAGGAUUAUAAUCAGUUACUAUUCUAA